ACCCUGGAGCACCAGGAGAGCCGGAGAGCAGACGAGGACGCGGAGACACCCUGGACGGUGCCCCCGCUGGCCCCCAGCUGGGACGUGGACGUGCCUCCCACGCAGCGCCCACCCUCCCCCUGGCCAGGAGGUGCGGGCAGCCGACGAGGCUUUUCCAGGCCACCCCCUGUACCUGAAAACCCCUUCCUGCAGCACGUGGGCCCUGUGCCAUCCCCCGCUCUCCGGCCUGAGGAUGGAGCUGCAGAUUCGACCAGUGUCUUCCUGGGCCGACACCACGACCCGGGUCCCGGACAGCUCACCAAAGCGACUGGCCUGAACCCUGAGAAGCCUGAAGAAGAGGCCACCCCAGGGGACCCCCAGCCACCAGCAGAGCCUGAGCCUCCAACGCUGACAUCCUUCAAGGAUGUUUUCCCAGAGCAGAAGGCAUUGAAACUCAGCCUCUCCUACCCGCUGGCCGCGUGUGACCAGACAAGGGCCACGUGGCCACCAUGGCGCCGCUGGGGGACACUACCCAGAGCCCUGGCCCCCUUGGUGCCCACCAGGGUCCCGGAGCCCUUGCCCACGGGGGGUGAGCGGCGCCAGGCAGGCCCUGGGCGUUUCGCCGUGGUCAUGCCUAGAGUGCAGAAGCUGAGCUCCUUCCAGAGAGUUGGGCCUGUGACCCCACAUCCGCCAGCCCAACCUACGCAGGCCCCCAAGCCCACCCCUGAGCCGAGAGCUUGGAGUGUUUACUGGUCCCGCCUCUGGCUGCCAGCAGACACCCACCGACCCUGGCCACGAGUACAUGCCCAUCUCAAGUCCUGCCGCUCUGGCCCUGGAGCCGCCUGCCUGUCCCUUGGGGGCCCCUGGGAAGAGGUUGGCCCCAAAAGCUGGUGGAACAAGAUGCACUCCAUCCGCAACCUGCCGUCCGUGCGGUUCCGAGAGCAGCACAGGGAGGAUGGUGUGGAGGACAUGACGCAGCUGGAAGACCUCCAGGAGACCACUGUGCUGUCCAACCUCAAGACUAGAUUUGAACGGAACCUCAUCUACACGUACAUCGGCAGCAUCCUGGUGUCAGUGAACCCGUACCGGAUGUUCGGAAUCUAUGGACCAGAGCAGGUGCAGCAAUACAGCGGGCGGGCCUUGGGAGAGAAUCCUCCGCACCUCUUUGCAAUCGCAAAUCUCGCCUUCGCCAAAAUGCUUGAUGCCAAACAGAACCAGUGCAUAAUCAUCAGUGGUGAGAGCGGCUCCGGCAAAACUGAGGCCACAAAGCUGAUUCUGCGCUACCUGGCUGCCAUGAACCAGAAGCGAGACAUCAUGCAGCAGAUAAAGAUCCUGGAGGCAACACCCCUCCUGGAGUCCUUCGGUAACGCCAAAACUGUCAGGAACGACAACUCCAGCCGUUUCGGGAAGUUUGUGGAGAUCUUUCUGGAAGGGGGCGUGAUCUCUGGUGCCAUAACCUCCCAGUACCUGCUCGAGAAAUCCAGGAUUGUGUUUCAGGCCAAAAAUGAGAGGAAUUACCACAUCUUCUAUGAGCUGCUGGCUGGGCUGCCUGCCCAGCUUCGACAGGCCUUCAGCCUGCAGGAGGCCGAGACCUACUACUACCUGAACCAGGGUGGGAACUGUGAGAUCACAGGGAAGAGCGAUGCAGAUGACUUCCGCCGGCUCCUGGCUGCCAUGGAAGUGCUAGGCUUCAGCAGCGAGGACCAGGACAGCAUCUUCCGUAUCCUGGCCUCCAUCCUGCACCUGGGCAAUGUCUACUUUGAGAAGUAUGAGACGGAUGCACAGGAGGUGGCCUCAGUGGUAAGCGCCCGGGAGAUCCAGGCCGUGGCGGAGCUGCUGCAGAUCUCCCCAGAGGGUCUGCAGAAAGCCAUCACCUUCAAAGUGACCGAGACAAUGCGAGAAAAGAUCUUCACACCCUUAACUGUGGAGAGUGCCGUGGAUGCCAGGGACGCUAUCGCCAAGGUCUUGUAUGCACUGCUGUUCGGCUGGCUUAUCUCCAGGGUCAACGCACUAGUGUCCCCACAACAGGACACACUGUCCAUUGCCAUCCUGGACAUCUAUGGCUUUGAGGACCUGAGCUUCAACAGCUUUGAGCAGCUAUGCAUUAACUAUGCAAAUGAGAACCUUCAGUACCUUUUCAACAAGAUCAUCUUCCAGGAGGAGCAGGAAGAGUACAUCCGUGAGCAGAUUGAUUGGCGGGAGAUCACCUUUGCCGACAACCAGCCCUGCAUCAACCUCAUCUCACUGAAGCCCUACGGCGUCCUGCGCAUCCUUGACGACCAGUGUUGCUUUCCCCAGGCUACGGACCACACGUUCCUGCAGAAGUGCCACUACCAUCAUGGCGCCAACCCGCUCUACUCCAAACCCAAGAUGCCACUGCCUGAGUUCACUAUCAAGCACUAUGCAGGCAGGGUUACCUACCAGGUGCACAAGUUCCUGGACAAGAACCACGACCAAGUGCGCCAGGAUGUGCUGGACCUGUUUGUGCGGAGCCGGACACGGGUGGUGGCACACCUCUUCUCCAGCCAUGCCCCGCAGGCCGCCCCUCAGCGCCUGGGCAAGAGCAGCUCUGUAUCCCGGCUCUACAAGGCCCACACGGUGGCUGCCAAGUUCCAGCAGUCACUCUUGGAUCUGGUGGAAAAAAUGGAGAGGUGUAACCCCUUGUUCGUGCGCUGCCUGAAGCCCAACCACAAGAAGGAGCCGGGUCUCUUUGAGCCAGAUGUGGUGAUGGCACAGUUACGCUAUUCAGGAGUGCUGGAGACUGUGCGAAUCCGCAAGGAGGGCUUUCCGGUGCGGCUGCCCUUCCAGGUGUUCAUUGACAGGUAUCGCUGUCUAGUGGCUCUCAAGCAUGACCUGCCUGCUAACGGGGACAUGUGUGUGUCGGUGCUGAGUCGCCUGUGCACAGUCAUGCCAAAUAUGUACCGCGUUGGGGUCAGCAAGCUGUUCCUCAAGGAGCACCUACACCAGCUGCUGGAGAGCAUGCGGGAACAUGUCCUGAACCUGGCGGCCCUCACGCUUCAGCGCUGCCUCCGUGGCUUCUUCAUCCAGCGGCGAUUCCGUUCCCUGCGCCGCAAAAUCAUCCUGCUGCAAAGUCGGGCCCGUGGCUACCUUGCCAGGCAACGCUAUCAACAGAUGAGGAGGAGUCUGGUGAAGUUCCGGUCCCUGGUGCACACGUACAUGAGCCGACGACGCUACCUCAAGCUGAGGGCAGAGCAGAGGCGCCGGGUGGAGGAGGCACGGCUGCGGGAGCAGGAGGUGCUGAGCAAGCGGGAGGUGGUGGCUGUGGGGCACCUGGAGGUACCGGCUGAGCUGGCAGGGCUCUUACGAGCAGUGGCAGGCCUCAGGCUGGCCCGGGUGCCCCGGGUGGCCCCGGUGCGGACUCCCCGGCUGCAGGCCGAGCCUCGUGUCACACUGCCCCUGGAUAUCAACAACUACCCCAUGGCCAAGUUUGUCCGGUGCCACUUCAAGGAACCUGCCUUUGGUAUGCUGACAGCGCCCCUAAGGACACCUCUCACGCAGCUGCCUGCUGAGUACCAUGCGGAAGCUGCGAGCGUCUUCAAGCUGAUCCUGCGCUUCAUGGGUGACCCCCACCUGCACGGUGCUCAGGAGAAUGUCUUCGGGAACUACAUUGUGCAGAAGGGGCUGGCGGUGCCCGAGCUGCGGGACGAGAUCCUAGCACAGCUGGCCAACCAGGUGUGGCGCAAUCACAACGCCCAUAAUGCUGAGCGGGGCUGGCUGCUGCUGGCCACCUGCCUCAGUGGCUUUGCACCUUCCUCACGCUUCAACAAGUACCUCCUCAAGUUUGUGUCUGAUUAUGGACGGAAUGGCUUCCAGGCUGUGUGUCAGCACCGCCUCAUGCAGGCCAUGGGCCGGGCCCAACAGCAGGGCUCGGGGGCUGCCCGGACCUUUCCCCCAACUCAGCUCGAAUGGACAGCCACCCAUGAGAAGGCUAGUAUGGCACUGGACGUGGGUUGCUUCAAUGGUGACCAGUUCUCCUGCCCAGUGCACUCCUGGAGUACAGGGGAAGAAGUAGCUGGAGACAUUCUGAGGCACAGGGGCCUGGCAGAUGGCUGGCGGGGCUGGACAGUGGCCAUGAAGAAUGGGGCCGAGUGGGCAGAGCUGGCUGGCCAUGACUAUGUGCUGGACCUCGUGUCAGACCUGGAGCUGCUCAGGGACUUCCCUCGGCAGAAAUCCUACUUCAUUGUGGGUGCAGAAGGGCCUGCAGCCGGCAGGGGAGACCCCAGAGUGGUAUUUGGAAACAGCUGGGACUCGGACGAGGACAUGCCCACUAGGUCCCAGCCCCAGGGGCACAUGCCCAAAGUGCCAGACUCUGACGGGUACUGCAGCCACAACAAGGAUGGUACGAAUGGGGAGACUGAGACCCAGAGAGGGACAACAAUCCACCGAGAGUCAGACAGUCUUGGAGAGCCUACCGUGCCCCACAAGGGACUGGACUGCUACCUGGAUAGCCUCUUUGACCCUGUCUUGUCCUACGGGGAUGCGGAUCUGGAGAAGCCAACAGCCAUUGCCUACCGCAUGAAAGGGGGAGGCCAACCUGGUGGAGGCGGUAGUAGCAGUACUGAAGACACCCCCCGGAGACCUCCAGAGCCAAAGCCAAAGCCAAAGCCAAUCCCAGGCCUGGACGCCUCCACGUUGGCUCUGCAGCAAGCCUUCAUCCACAAGCAGGCUGUGCUGCUGGCCCGGGAGAUGACCCUGCAGGCCAUGGCGCUCCAGCAGCAGCCUCUGAGUCCUGCCCCAAGACCCUUGCCUCCAGAGAAACCCCUCGCUCCAGAGGCCCGGCUGAAGUCUGUAGGCACUGGUCCCCCGGCCAAACCUGUGCUCCUGCGCUCUGCUCCAAAGCCCUUGGUCCCAGCCCCUCUGGCCAAGACCCCAAGGGCCUCCACCAAGCCCGUGGCUGCCCCUGUUCUAGCUCAAGACCGGGCUUCUCCAGAAACCACUUUGCCUUCCCCAGAGCUGGUCAGGUACUCUACACUCAACUCGGAGCACUUCCCACAGCCUACACAGCAGAUCAAGGACAUCGUCAGGCAGUACCAGCAGCCACCCCGGGGAGGCCGGCCUGAGGCCCUCAGGAAGGAUGGUGGGAAGGUGUUCGUGAAGAGGCCAGACCCCCAUGAGGAGGCCCUGAUGAUCCUGAAGGGGCAGAUGACUCACCUGGGAGUUGCACCUGGCACUCAGGUGUCUAGAGAGGCCGUGGCCCUGGUGAAGCCAGUGACCAGUGCACCGAGGCCAUCCAUGGGGCCCACUUCAGUACUGCCUUCAAGGUCACUGGAUCCCCCAGAAGAACCCGUGCAGACACGGCUGCACCGCCUUGUCAACCCCAGCUUCUAUGGCUACCAGGAUGCCCCUUGGCGGAUAUUCCUGCGGAAAGAGGUGUUUUACCCCAAGGACAGCUACAGCCACCCUGUGCACCUAGACCUCUUGUUCCGGCAGAUCCUGCAUGACACGCUCUCUGAGGCCUGCCUGCGCAUCUCCAAGGAAGAGAGACUGAGGAUGAAGGCCCUGUUUGCCCAGAAUCAGCUGGACACACAGAGGCCUCUGGUAACAGAGAGCGUGAAGAGGGCCGUGGUCAGCGCCGCACGGGACACCUGGGAGGUCUACUUCUCCCGCCUCUUCCCUGCCACGGGCAGUGUGGGCACAGGCGUGCAGCUCCUAGCUGUGUCCCACACAGGCAUCAAGCUCCUGCGGAUGGUCAAAGGUGGCCAGGAGGCCAGUGGACAGCUGCGGGUCUUGCGUGCAUACAGCUUUGCGGAUAUCCUGUUUGUGACCAUGCCCUCCCAGAACAUGCUGGAGUUCAACUUGGCUAGCGAGAAGGUCAUUCUCUUCUCAGCCCGAGCUCACCAGGUCAAGACCCUGGUGGAUGACUUCAUUCUGGAGCUGAAGAAGGACUCUGACUACGUGGUUGCCGUGAGGAAUUUUCUGCCUGAGGAUUCAGCGCUGCUGGCCUUCCACAAGGGUGACAUCAUCCACCUGCAACCCCUGGAGCUCCCUCGAGUGGGCUACAGUGCCGGCUGUGUGGUCCGAAAGAAGGUUGUGUACCUGGAGGAGCUGCGGCGUAGAGGCCCUGACUUUGGCUGGAGGUUCGGGACGGUCCACGGGCGCGUGGGCCUCUUCCCUUCUGAGCUGGUGCAGCCUGCUGCUGCCCCUGACUUCCUGCAGUUGCCAGCCGAGCCAGGCCGUGGCCGGGCNGCCGCCGUAGCCGCUGCUGUGGCCUCUACAGCCGCUGCACAUGAGGUUGGCCGCCGGAGAGAGGGUCCCCCAGUCAGGGUCUGCUCUGCUGACCGCGGAGAUGACGCCCUGGCGCUCCCACCAUACACAAUGCUUGAGUUUGCCCAGAAGUACUUUCGAGACCCUCAGAGGAGACCCCAGGAUGGCCUCAGGCUGAAAUCCAAGGAGGGUCAGGAGUCCAGAACUUUGGAGGACAUGCUUUGCUUCACCAAGAUCCCGCUCCAGGAAUCCCUCAUUGAACUCAGCGACAGCAGCCUCAACAAGAUGGCCACUGACAUGUUCCUAGCUGUGAUGAGGUUCAUGGGGGAUGCCCCAAUGAAGGGCCAGAGUGAACUGGAUGUGCUUUGCACCCUCCUGAAGUUGUGUGGGGACCACGAAGUAAUGCGGGAUGAGUGUUACUGCCAAGUUGUGAAGCAGAUCACAGACAACACCAGCUCCAAGCAGGACAGCUGCCAGCGAGGUUGGAGGCUGCUGUACAUCGUGGCGGCCUACCACAGCUGCUCGGAGGUCCUCCUCCCACACCUCACUCGCUUCCUCCAAGAUGUGAGCCGGACUCCAGGCCUGCCCUUCCAGGGGAUCGCCAAGGCCUGUGAGCAGAACUUGCAGAAAACCUCACGCUUUGGGGGCCGCCUGGAGUUCCCCAGCAGCAUGGAACUUCGGGCCAUGUUGGCAGGUCGCAGUUCCAAAAGGCAGCUCUUUCUUCUUCCUGGAGGCCUUGAAAGGCAUCUCAAAAUCAAAACAUGCACCGUGGCCCUGGAUGUGGUAGAAGAGAUCUGUGCUGAGAUGGCUCUCACACGCCCGGAGGCCUUUGAUGAAUAUGUUAUCUUCGUUGUCACCAACCGUGGCCAGCACGUGUGCCCGCUCAGCCGCAGUGCCUACAUCCUGGACGUGGCCUCAGAGAUGGAGCAGGUGGAUGGUGGCUACAUGCUGUGGUUCCGGCGUGUGCUUUGGGAUCAGCCGCUCAAGUUUGAGAACGAGCUAUAUGUGACCAUGCACUAUAACCAGGUCCUGCCUGACUACCUGAAGGGCCUCUUCAGCAGCGUGCCUGCCAGCCGGCCUAGCGAACAGCAGCUGCAACAGGUGUCCAAGCUGGCUUCACUACAGCAUCGUGCCCAGGACCACUUCUACCUACCCAGUGUGCGGGAGGUCCAGGACUACAUCCCAGCCCAGCUUUACCGCACCAUGGCUGGCUCGGCCUGGCUCAACCUGGUCAGCCAGCACCGGCAACAAACGCAGGCGCUCAGCCCCCACCAGGCCCGCGCCCAGUUUCUAGGACUCCUCAGCGCCCUGCCCAUGUUCGGCUCCUCCUUCUUCUUCAUCCAGAGCUGCAGCAACAUCACUGUGCCGGCCCCCUGCAUUCUUGCUGUCAACCACAACGGCCUCAACUUCCUCAGCACUGAGACCCACGAGCUGAUAGUAAAGUUCCCCCUGAAGGAGAUCCAGUCGACACGCACCCAGCGGCCCACAGCCAACUCCAGCUGCCCCUAUGUGGAGAUUGCAUUGGGGGAUGUGGCGGCACAGCGCACCAUGCAGCUGCAGCUAGAGCAGGGCCUGGAGCUGUGUCGCGCGGUGGCCGUGCAUGUGGAGAACCUGCUUAGUGCCCGGGAGAAGCGACUCACGCUGCCACCCAGCGAGAUCACCCUGCUGUGA